CUGAGCUUCAAAAAUCGUCAAAUUGAAGUGAGUUUUUCAUCGUAAUAUAUAGUUUGUUCUCAAAUUACGCAGUUUUCAGGCGUUUGGAACCAGCUUCAACCAAAUCAGUGCUCGAAGUUGGGAACAGCAAUUGCGGAUGAAAGCAAAGUAUGUGAGAAAACACGAAAAUUUCUGAUUUUCCUGUCAGAAAUGCGUAUUCUCGAUUGAAAAUUUUAAUAUUUUUCCAGAAAUUCCGGGGAAUUCGAAGAGAUCCCGAAUCUUUGACAAAACCCCAAUCGUAUAUGGGCAAAAACAAAGAAUCGAGAAAUUCCAUGGGAUUUUGGAGCAGUUUGCUGGAAGAAUUUGGAUAUUUCGAAUGA